AUGGCACCGGUCAGUCUGCGUGAGGUAGAGGGGAAUCCCUCGACCAAGGAAACGGACGACCUCAAUCUGGCACGCAUGGGAAAGCGCCCAGUUUUGAAGCGAAAUUUCGGAAUGAUGUCGAUGUUGGGCUUUAGUUGCACCAUUCUAAUCACUUGGGAAGGGAUUACAGUGCUCUUUCUCCAAGCAUUUCAAAAGUACCAUGAAUCCCAUCCACCUAUCAUUUUGUGCGCUUUGUUAUCGGAAUUAGUAUCCAUGGCUCCGACGUCGGGCGGACAGUACCACUGGUGUUCUAUGUUGGCACCUCCGUCGGCUAUGAAACUAUUCAGCUACAUUACUGGUGCGCCGGAUGCCGAUAUCUCUGCCGAAAUCUUUGCUGACAUCGGGCUCAUCGUACUCACCAAUCCCAGCUAUGUGCCGCAAGCAUGGCAUGGGACCCUUCUGUUCUGGGCCGUGUCUGUGUUCGCUGUCGCUAUUAAUAGUGUUGGGGGUAAGGUUUUGCCUCGGUUUGAGGGCUUGAUUUUGAUUCUGCACAUCCUCGGGUUUUUCGCUAUCCUGAUCCCCCUGACCUAUAUGGCCGACCACGGCACGGCCCGUGAAGUCUUCACGGAAUUUAUGAACCUUGGCGGGUGGCCCACGCAAGGCCUGUCCUUCUUUAUUGGCCUAGUUGGUUGUGUCUUUGCGUUCGCUGGAGGAGACGCUGCUGUUCAUAUGUCUGAGGAGAUCACCAACGCGCCCGUUCUGGUGCCGCGGUCUAUCAUGCUCAGUGUCGCGAUUAACGGAACCCUUGGAUUCAGCAUGCUGAUCGCAAUGUUAUUCUGCCUUGGGGACAUUAACGCGGCACUCGAUACAGAAACUGGAUUCCCAUUUAUGGCCAUCUUUCUGCAAGCGACAGAUUCGGUGGCCGGCACCGCAACGAUGGGAGCCAUUAUCACGACAAUGGGGAUCUGCACAUCGGUGGGGAUGUUGGCGUCAACGUCUCGCCAAUUCUGGUCGUUCGCGCGCGAUCGAGGCAUUCCGGGAUGGCGGGUAUGGAGUAAGGUGACGGCCCAAACCUCGGUCCCUACAUACUCGGUCGCCCUGACGACAGUCAUCUCCUGCCUCCUGGCUCUCAUCAAUAUUGGAUCCGACGUGGCGUUCAACGAUCUGGUAUCCAUGUCCAUCUCUGGGCUGUACCUGUCCUAUAUGGUUGUCGCGGCUCUUUUGCUGUAUCGGCGCAUCACAGGAGGUAUUAACAAGGCCAGACCCGGGGACGAGACCAUCGUCAACACCGCUGGAGCACGGCUUGUCUGGGGUCCUUUCCACAUCCCCGGCAUUUGGGGCAUCGCAAUCAACACGUGGGCGUUGAUUUAUAUGACCAUCGCCGUGUUCUUCAGCUUCUGGCCCCCCAAGAGCGAGGUCAAGGUGGAGAACAUGAAUUUCAGCGUGGUGGGCACGAUGGGAGUGAUUAUCCUGAGUCUGGCAUACUAUGGACUGCGGGCGAGGAAGGUGUACGAAGGACCCGUGGUGGAAUUGAGUUGA